AUGUUCUUCUAUUCAUGUUCCUCUAGGGCAUCGAAUGAGGAGCAAUUACCACCCGCGGGGCACUUUAACCUGCCGUUGCCAAUUGCCACUGAUAAGAUCGUGAAAGCCAAUGCGGGCUAUAAACGUGAGCUUUUUGAACAUCACUUGGAGCGGAGGACAAACUAUUGCGCCAACUGUAACCUUCUGGGCGUGUUGGCUUUCACGGAGGGAGACGAAGAGGAAGCGCUGAAGUAUUUCAAGAUGGCACUGGAUGAAGACCCAAAGAAUUUGAAUGCCUUGGCCAACAUCAAUCACGUGAAAGGGCGGUCCAGUUCAGAAAAGGAGAAUUCAGUGCCUGAUUUAUCGACGAGAGCGGGAAAGAUACAACAGGCGAGGUGCUAUGCGGAGCAAGCCUAUCCCUACAUCCAACUCUACCAUGGCACGGUCAAAGACCAGCAAUAUGAAUGGUAUAAUUGGGCUGCCCGAUUGUACAAAGAAGCGUUCACAUUGGCCGGUAGUUUGGUGGAUCGAGCCACGAGGCAUGAGUGGUUGUUUAGUUCCGGACUCGCCAGUUUUAAAAUCUUGGAAAUGAUGGUCAUCAAGAGAAACGAGGGGUGUGCUAAAGAGGCGUUGCGAGGCCUAGCUGAGAGAUUUGGGGCUAUUGUGGACAGCCCAUCUGCAGAUAACGCAAUCAAGUGCAAAGCACUGAUGCACGUUGCCGUCGCCUUCGAAAAAGCUUCAAGACUCUUUGUAAUACCUCAAGAGUACAUACCCAAGAGCCUGGUGAAAUACAUCGCCCGCCCGGAGAAGUGUCUGCGGAAGGCGCGAGAUUUGUCUCCGGAUGACGCCUUGACGGCCAAGAUCCUCGUUCGUCUUGCUCAGAUGCGUCAACGACCUGAUUGCGGUGGGUCGUUCGAGGAAGCCAUGGAGCUCUUAAAUGAAUCCAUCGCUCUAGACCCCUCCAAGUUCAACUUCCUUGCCUACUCUUCGAGGGCCUCACUGUGCAUCAAACAAUACAGACGCACCAAUGAGCUACGUCUCCUAUCGAAAGCUCGGAGAGACCUGGAGUUCAUCUUGCCAAAGCACGAAUCACCAUGGGAUUUGGAAUGGCUGGCGGAAGUAUAUUAUCACCUGGCGAAACGCACCGCAGGGAAACAAGCUAAAAAGUACAUCAGGAAGGCUCUCGAGACCUGUACGAGGUGCAAGGGAUGCCAGGACGGCAAAAAGAGAUCUGGGCUUCACCACGUACGUGGACAGAUCCUGUGCCUGAACGGCCAGCAUCAGGAAGCGAUGGAGUCCUUCCAGAAAGGCGUUGCGUGCGAGGAGAAAACCGGCUGGAUAAGCGGCAACAUGGACUCACUCCGCGAAGAACGGGAACACGUCAGAAAGGACGAUGCAGCUAGGAAAGUCCUAGAGUCUGACGCGGAUGACUGA